GUCAUCUCUCUCCAGGCCUGUAAACCUACUUCUAUCAUUUGGACCAGCACAUCAACUUUACUGACCAUUGAUCAUCAGAUCCAAAACACACUCCGCUUUAUAUAUUAGACUAUAUUAGAGUAUCCGUUGGCGUGCCUGUAAUAAUUCUCUGCCUGGUUUUGCAACAUACAGUAUUUCCUUCCUGGCAAUGUAAAAUAAUAUCUAUCUUCACUUGUCUUCACGCACGUUGUGAAACUCUAUAAGAAAGCGCAAAGACAUUGUACAUCCUCUUUAAAACUGUAGAGGAAAACACCGAAUUUCAGGACUGCUCAGUGGAUUCACAGACAGCUGGUCAGAAGAUGAACAGACUCUGCAAGCAGCUGAUGGCUUCUGCCUGUCUUUUUUUGUUGGUCUUUUACAUUUUAUUGUGGCUCUCCAAGUAUCCUACACAGGUUGGCAAGAACCAACUUCUCAUUGUUGUCUGGACUUGGCCUUUUGGAGUCGUAUUUCCUUUGGACACAUGUCAGUCAAUGUAUGGCAUUUCAGGGUGCAUCUUAACAACAGAUCGUAAGAUGCUAAGCCGAGCAGAUGCUGUGAUUAUCCAUCAUUAUGACAUCAUGAAUAAUUCAGACCUACCUCAGGAAACAAGACCGCACUACCAACGUUGGGUUUGGUUCAACAUGGAGCCUCCCACUAUCAUAAAAAACCUUCAUAUGUUGGAUAACAUCAUAAACCUAACAAUGACUUAUCGAGAAGACUCUGACAUUUUUCUUCCUUAUGGUUUUCUAAAACCACUGAAGGAACCACAGAUGUUUUCAAUACCAUCCAAGUCUAAGUUAGUUUCCUGGGUGGUUAGUAAUUGGUACCCAAACAAUAGGCGUACUUCUUACUAUGAGGAGCUGAAGAAACACAUUCACAUUGACGUGUAUGGAAAGCAUCACCAGAUGCUAAGCUGGGAUGACUUUUCUAGCACCAUUUCACACUAUAAGUUUUAUCUAGCAUUUGAAAACUCUGACCACAAGGAUUAUAUUACUGAGAAGCUGUGGGGUAAUUCCUUCCAUUUAGGGGUCGUUCCUGUUGUCCUUGGAGCUCCUCGUAAAAACUAUGAACGCUUCAUCCCUCCUGAUUCCUUCAUUCAUGUGGAUGAUUUCUCUAGUCCUAAAGAGUUGGCACUGUUCCUGUUGGAGUUAGACAAAGACAAUGCAAGAUAUGAACAAUAUUUUAAGUGGCGAUUGAAUUAUGGUGCAGUUAGAGAAAGAGGUUGGGAUAAUUAUUACUGUAAAGCAUGCCGAGAACUACAAAAAAACUAUCGUUUUAAGGUUAUUCCCAGUGUGAAAAAAUGGUUCCUUAGCUAAUGUUUCAAAGAAACACAGUUAUUUAAGUUGAACGUCUUUGAGCAGACCACUCACAUUUGCAGUUAGAAUGGUCUUCUAGAGGUGGUCCUCUCAAAAGAGAGGGUCAAUAGUGAUCUAGUUCAGACUUGAGUGGGAGGAUGUUUGAAAUAGUUUUCCAACCUAUAGUAUAUGCUAUAGGUUACCCUAUUUAUAUAAAUAGCACCUGUCACCAUGAUCAACCCUAUUAAGCCUGGUAGGGUUGAUCAUGGUGACUAAAAUGAGUCCUUUCUUCCUGCAAUCGGUGUUACAAAUGUAGGGAAAUAAUUACUUUUAGUAUUAUAUAAAUGAGGUGCUUGGAGGCCUAGUCCCUCGAAGCUCCACAUCACCUCUGUUUCUUCCUAUUGCCAUUGCCCCCUCCCAGUAAGAUUGACAGGGCCAGGCAUCCUCUCCGAUGGCUGCUUUGAUGCCUGGCCCUGAAAUGUCAUGCUUGCGCCAGCAGCACUACCAUCAGCACAUGUACAGUGAAGAUCUCAGAGUGGGAUGACCAUUCUGAGAUCUUCACUGCGCCUGCACAUGCCUGAGAGUUCAGGGCCAGGCAAUUCCACAGGAACAGGCAGAGGUGAAGUGGUGCUCCAGCUGGCUGGGCCAGCCCCUUGCUGCUCCGAGCUAUUCAUUUACCUAAAACUAAAAGUAAGAAUUUCUCUGCAUGGGUAAUACCGAUUGCAGAGAGAAAGGACUCACUUUAGUCACCAUGAUCAACCCUAAAAGGCAAUAUGCCUGGUGAAAUAGGGUUGAUCAUGGUAACAGAUGCUUUUUAAAGGCUGUGCUAGAAGGAAACAUGUAGCUAGCUAGGUUUUCCUUCCUUAUGGCAAAGAUUUAGUGCUGCCACACAGCUUGACAACUCCAUUUUUCAUUUGAGUUAUCUCAGUUUCAGGUUGACUACAACUUUUGUUUACGUUCAACUGAGCAUUUGAACUGGUCUCACCUAAUGCAUGGCAACUCUUUAUGCCUUUAAAAUUUUAUACCUAGAAUUAAAAGUAUAUGUUUUUGGAGGCUCCAGGAUCCUGACAUAUCCUAAUAGGAUAACUGACUCUUCACUUGCUGCCUAAUAUAUCUUACCACUUCACAGGUGCCAUUGUAAUAGGUUCAUCAAUAAACCUAGAGGACAUCGUUUUAAAUUAGAGGGGCAAAGGUUUAAAAGUAAUAUCAGGAAGUAUUACUUUACUGAGAGAGUAGUGGAUGCAUGGAAUAGCCUUCCUGCAGAAGUGGUAGCUGCAAAUACAGUGGAGGAGUUUAAGCAUGCAUGGGAUAGGCAUAAGACCUGUGACGAGACCAAUCUCGCCACAUUGCAUCGGAGAAGCCUGGUUGCCCGCCUGCUUCCUUUAGACUAUGGCCCCAUAUUGAAUCGCUUGAUAUUCCCCUGCAAAGACUAUGUGAAAGAAUAUGGCUCCAUGGCAAUUGAACUGUAUUCGUGUAGUUGAAUGCACUCAGACCUGAGCUAUCUGGGGAUAUGUUAAAUGUCUAUGUUUUAUACAAUAGCU